UGUCUAGAGCUGAACGUUAAGAAUGUAUGUAUAUUGUAUAUAUUGUUUGUCAAGAUAUGAUAUUACGCAAUUAUAAUUUAUAAAUAUAUGGAACAUAUAAUAGAUUCGAAAUUAAAUUCUCUUUAUUUUUUAUUAUCAUUUGUUUUUUUCGAUUAAGUUUAUUAUGAAAUAUAUUGAAUUCAAUAACUGGGUCUCGAAAAUCAAAGCCGGACCCAGUUGUUGAACGCCUAUCUUACACCAUGUUUACUCUAAAAUUGUGGACGUCGAAUCGUGCAUCAAGCUCGAAUUUCACUUUGAAUCGACUUCGAACGGAUGCUCAAUUUUUACCUGGAUAAUUUCUUUUAAAAACAGUUUUUUAAUUGAUAAAAAAUAAUUGCAAUAUGUUGAGUAAGUUACCUAUGAGCAAAAACGCAGAAAUAAAUUUAUGUUAUGAAUCGUUAUUUCGUUUGAAAUUGAUAAAAGAAAAAAAUUCGAUAAAGAUUAAACUAAAGAACGACAGAUCUUCUUACAAUGGUGGUAUUCUUUUCGUUUGAACAUUUUCAAUUGCAAUGACAAGUCGUAGUAUGGAUAUCGUUUUGAAACAUUAUAUGAGCUUGAUCAAGUCUUGAAUAUUGAUCGGGUCUAAAAUUUUGAGUUUGCGCGUAGUAAUAUUAUCAAACUACGUAACCAUGUUGCAGAGAGUGCUCUAUAUUAGUGUUGAAUUUAUGAUAAUUUUAUCAUUCGUAAAAAGUGAAAGAUUGUCGGAAAACAGUGAUUUUCCACAAAUGCAAACUGAUGAUUUGCGAAAAUGUAUGGGAAGCUUCAAUGUGCAUAAAGACAAGAUAAUUCGCACGCAAGAUUCACUAGCGCUUGGUGGUGAAUACAUUGCCGAUGCAGAAAUUUCUGGAAGACAGAAAUGCGUCGCACUAUGUUGUGAGACUGAAAGCUGUGAUGUUUUUGUUUACGAAGAAAAUAAACCCGGCAGCUGCUACCUUUUUCAUUGUGGUCCACCUCAUGAUUUCAAAUGCAAAUUUACAAAUCACUCAAAUUACUCGAGCGCAGUGUUGAUGAAUAUUCGUUACAGAAAAAUAAAUGAUCUCCGAGAUUAUUCAAGACGAAGUCAGCAAGAAUAUGAGUUGAAAUCUUUAAAAAAAAAAACAGAUUUGAAUAAAAAAAAAAAUGCCUAUACAGAAAUUUCAUUAUCACCAAAAGUGCCAUUAGAAACAGACUCUAAUCACAAAACGACUCAAACUACAAAAAAUUGUAGUCGAAACCAGUACAGAUGCCAAAAUUCUGGUGACUGUAUAGCAGUGUAUAACGUUUGUGAUGGAAUACCACAGUGUACUGAUGGAUCUGAUGAAGCUUCAGAGCUUGGUUGUCCACUUGAAAAAUCAACUACUCUUCCAGGAAUUAUUUUUGCUCCAAAUGUACGAGUUCCAGAGAAAUCAAUGUAUCCUAAACAGACGCAUCAUGAAGAUUAUCUACCUACAUAUGACGAUGCAAAAUUAAAAGAUUUUCAGCUUCCAAUAGAAACUCAGGCUUACUAUCCUCAGGAUAGUCGACAAUAUCCAUCUCAGGACAUAACAACGUCAGUUGUUCAGUUGAAAAAUAUUAGACUGAAGAAUAAUGUUGGUGACAUAGAUUAUAUCCAAAAACACAAUGAUAGUAAUACAGAUGAAGUAAACAAUGAUGGGAGCUAUUACAAACAUGAAGAAUUAGACCAUACCUUCAACCGCAAACAACCGAGUGUCAACUCUGAAAACACAGCACAAAAGAACAACAAAGCAGCCGAACAUUCCUGGCAGCAAAAUGAACGAAAACCAACAAGAAGUCCCCAUCAUGAAGUAAUUUAUACUACAGAAAGUCAAUAUGUUUCUAUAGUGAAAGAAAAUUCGACAACUUUAGAGAAUCGAUUUCAAGCUUUGGCAAAACCAGCGAACACCAAGGUAUUGACGGAAGAAUUGGCAUCAUCGGGAUCUAAUGUCAGCAACAAAAAAGCACUUAUUGAACAAGAAAAGUCGCACUCACAGCUUGAAAAAAUAUUAAAAUCGCCUAUUCAGUCCGAUACCAAAGACCAUACACUGAAAACGUUACGUAAAAAAUUAUUAAAUAAACACAAAUUGGAUGAAUCGUAUUACCAGUCCGAUGAUGUCAAAUAUGCUGACAAGAAUUUUCCAAAAAAAACCAGUUAUCUACAGCAAUAUAGCUUAAAACCGAAAGGAGCAGUCGUUUCUCUUGCCGUUGGACUCACUGUAGCUGCGAUCAUGGUUGGACUCAUUGCAUGCAGAUUACACGUUGUGCAAAAAAGAAAUCGAAGGGGACAUAAUCUCUAUGCUCACGAGGCUGAUUAUCUUGUAAAUGGAAUGUAUCUUUAAAUUUGAUUCCGAAUAAAUGAAAUUGGGGUAUAAUUUUCUAAAUUUUUUUUUUUUUUGUUUCGUUCAUCAAAUUAAGUGAUCAUCAUUAUUCUUUCUUUUUUUAUCCGUUAUGAAUUGCAUUUUUUUAUAUUAUUGAUGUCAUAGUUGAAUACUUCAAAUCUGUAUAUAAAAUACAAUUCAUCAGUUGACAUUAAAUUAUCAGAGUUCAUAUACAGUUUAUGGAAAUUAUUAUCUGACUAAGAACACCUAUGUGAUACUUAAUAAAUCCACAAUGAAAACUCAUCAACACAAA